CAGGCGACGUUGAAUCAUUUUAAAUGUGGUGUUCGAUUUCAAGAACUUCGUUCUAUCAAUUUACGAUUCGUAUAAUCCCCGUCGGUUAGCGACCAACGAUCGUUUAUAUUUGAUGUUCGUCCGGCAAACGUGCCGCCAGUUUCGUGCGAGUUUCAUAUAAAAAUCGAUAAACUCGGGUGAAACGGACUCGAACGUCGAACGUUGCGCGCAGGUUUGCCUGUCGUGUGUUAUUUCUUUCAUCGAGGAUCUUCGGCGUCAAGAUGUCUACGUCCGUGACAGCCAAACUUCAGGAUGACAUGAAUAGUAUACCGUUGGCUGACGAUGAUCCUCAAGUGAUUAUUCCCGAAGAAGAAAUUUUGGACAACAGCUGUCACAUAUCUGAUGCAUUGGGUAGAGGACGCAGCAUGGACUCCAUUCCAUCUACUUUCACGAAUGGAAGCUGCAGCCCUAGCAGUCACAAUCUUAUUACAGGUUUAGAUCCAGAUAUUAGCCCCGACGAGCAGGAAGAGAAAGCAAGAUUGAUUGCCCAAGUACUUGAACUUCAAAAUACUUUGGAUGAUUUGUCUCAAAGAGUGGAUAGUGUAAAAGAGGAAAACCUGAAACUGAGAAGCGAGAAUCAAGUGCUGAGCCAAUAUAUAGAAAACUUAAUGUCUGCAUCCAGUGUUUUUCAGUCCACCAGCCCAAAUACCAAAAAAAAGUGAAUCCAGGUUUUUAAACUAGAAAAAAAUCGAGGAAAAGUCGAAGAAACAGGGAUCUUGAAAUAAUGUGAUCGUAAAUCCUCCAUAAAAAGUAUGUAUAUGCAUUAAUAAUUAUAACUGCCUUAUUUGACAAAAACAAAAGAAGAUAUUGUAGAUAUAAGAAUUUUUAAGAUGUCAUUUAAUAUACUGCGCUUAUUUGGGUAAUUUAUGCGUUCACCAAUCUCUACAUACUUUUUGUGGAAAAGACUUUAACGGGGGAAGAUUUGCUUACUUUUACUUCGUGUUUGCAUCGAAUCGCGUCGCUUAAGAAGUAUGCGAUUCGUAUUUCCGCAUCGAAAACAUAUUGUUUUUUUUUAGUCACUGCAUACGCUUCUCGCUUGCCAAGCAACGCGCUUAUGGUUCUUACAUAUUGCCAAAGAAUUCCAUGUUGCAUUUUAACUACUUAGUUCUUACUAAAGAAUUUCAAAUAUUUCAGAGAAGGCAUUCUUAAUCUCAAAAAUCAAACGAUACACGUAAGACACGUAGCCGUAUAUUAUUUUUAGCAUUAUUGCCGAGGAUACAUUUAUUUCUAAUAUUUCGAAUUACGGUUCGUCGAAGUUGAUUGCUAUCAGCGCAUUUGAUAUUUACAAAUAAGACGCGAAGGGUAAUGAGUGUUUGUAGUUACCGUAUUUAAUCAAACACCGGCGUUUUUUCAUUGAAGCUUUUGCUUAAGAGUUUCGAUAUACUUGUAUGCGAUGUAUGUAGCUGUACAAAAGAGAUAAGAAAUAGUUAUAUAUAUAUACAAUUACAUAUAAAAUACCAGGGAUGUGCGGGAUCCCGAUGUUCGGAACGGGUUCGAAAGUAUUCAAUAAUUCCGAAAAUAUCCGGGGUUCCCGAAAAUAUUCGGAAGAUAGUUCGGGAGGAUUCACGAAAAUUUAAAAUAAAAGAUUUUAUACUUGUUAUUACCAUGAUGUGUUAUCUUCACUUUGCCUUUUACAAUUUAAACAAUUUAUUGGGUGUUCGUAGUAAGGGGUGUUUGGCCACACCUGGGAAAAAUUUUAAUGGGAGAUUCUUAGGUGCCUAAAUUUUUCAGCGAAAAAAAAAUUUCAAUUCGUUCUGAAAAAAUUAUUUUCGGUUG